CGCGCCGGAAGUGAGGCGUUGCAGCGGCGUCGCGGCGGCCGUGGAGCGGGUGCCCGGUGUGUGGGGACCAGAAGGUGACAAAGGCGAUCGAUGAGGGUGGGGCAGUGGAUGUUGGCUACGUGGAUUUUAUGUACUGUCUAAAAACAUUCCCCGUUCUCUUGGAGCAGAAGUUCAUUUGUUAACUGCAUACCAAGGAACAUGGAAAGACAAUCUUGAAUGGGAGAUUUGUUCAGACCAAGCAUUAAUUCUGUUUCAGAGUGGAUUUCUAUUCUUCAGAAGUGAACCUGCUAGAUUUGAUCAUGAGGGGCACCCCAAAUUUACAAUCUCAGUGUGGUCUGUACCAAUGGGAGAUGAAAAGGAUAACUGGAAAGUAAAAACUCUUGAAGAAAUUUUGCAGGAAAAGAAACGACGAAAAGAACAGGAGGAAAAGGUUGAUGUGAAACGUUUAAAAAAUUUGGAUGACAGGGAUUCUAAACGAGACUCACCGGAGGAAGGAGAGCUUCAAGAACACAAGAUGGAGAUAACCAUACGCAAUUCACCGCACAGACGAGAAGGAUCAAUAGAAGAUCGAGGUGAGGAGGAUGAUUCUUUGGCAAUUAAACCUCCUCAACAAACCUCCAAAAAAGAAAAAUCUCACCACAGAAAAGAGGAAAGGAGAAAGGAGAAACGAAGGCAUCGAAGUAGAUCAGCUGAAGGAAAACACAUGAGAGGAAAGGAGAAAGAUAAGGAGAAAGAGAGGGAACAUGAGCGAAGGAAACGGCAGCGAGAGGAGCAAGAUAAGGCACGUAGAGAACGGGAAAGGCAGAAACGGAGAGAACUUGCCAGAGAACACUCCAGAAGAGAAAGUGCUUAUGAAUCUUCCAGGGACCGCCUUGAGCAACUUGAGCGUCAGAGGGAACGGGAAAGGAGAAUGAGGGAGAGGGAACAACUGCAAAAAGAUCAAUGGGAACUAAAAGAGCGUGAAAGACGAGCUGAGGAAAGGCGAAAGGAGCGUGAUAUCAGGAGGGAAGCAAUGAUGCAUCACAGAGGACUGAAUGAUGAAUAUGCUGUGAAAGUAAAGAUCCAUCAUAGGAGCCACAGCCCAGUGUGGCGGCAUGCAGAGAGGUUUGAACUUGAUGAAAGGAAAAAUGUAAAGGAAGAAAGGUAUGAAGAAAAAGACCCGCCAUCCGAUCUGCAAGACAUCAGCGAAAGCGAAAUAAAAACAACAUCUGGUGAAUCUACCUCUGGCUCUGCAACCGCUUCAGAGGCAGAGAGCAGUAGUGAGGGGUCUGAAGAAUCACUAAGUCCAUCAGAGGUUGAAACUGAGCCGUCUCCCGGAGAAAUUAGUGAAGAGGAAGAGCACAGCGAUGAAGAAAGGCAGAAUGGAAACCAUCUCCAAAUGGUUACAGAAUCAAAAUUUGACCAUGAUUCAGAAGAGAGUGUGGAGGAGGAGGAUGAGGAGGAGAUGGAGGAAGAGGAUGAUGAAGAGGAGGAGGAGGAGAGCCCAAUCUCAAAUGCUCCGACUGAAGAAGAGUAUGUUCCUGACUCUCCACCCGCUUCACCAGUCGAACCGAAGAAAGAGCUGCCACAGUACUUGCCUGCUCUUCAGGGUUGCCGUAGUGUAGAAGAAUUUCAAUGUCUUAAUAGAAUUGAAGAAGGAACCUAUGGUGUUGUUUAUCGAGCGAAGGACAAAAAGACAGAUGAAAUCGUAGCCCUAAAACGAUUAAAAAUGGAGAAGGAAAAGGAAGGAUUUCCGAUUACAUCACUACGGGAAAUCAACACCAUUCUGAAAGCACAACAUCCCAACAUUGUCACAGUCAGAGAAAUUGUUGUAGGAAGCAAUAUGGAUAAAAUAUAUAUAGUUAUGAAUUAUGUUGAACAUGACCUCAAGAGUUUAAUGGAGACCAUGAAACAGCCUUUCUUACCAGGUGAGGUUAAAACGCUUAUGCUUCAGCUUCUCAAAGGUGUUCGACAUCUUCAUGAUAAUUGGAUCUUGCAUCGAGACUUAAAGACGUCUAAUCUCCUGCUCAGUCACUCGGGAAUACUGAAGAUUGGUGACUUUGGACUCGCCCGAGAAUAUGGAUCCCCAUUGAAGCCGUACACGCCAGUUGUCGUGACACUCUGGUAUCGAACGCCUGAGCUGUUGCUUGGAGCAAAGGAAUACUCGACGGCCAUUGACCUGUGGUCGGUGGGCUGCAUCUUCGCUGAAUUCCUAACCCAGAAGCCCCUGUUUCCAGGGAAAUCGGAAAUAGAUCAGAUUAACAAAAUCUUUAAGGAGUUGGGGACACCAAGUGAAAAGAUCUGGCCUGGUUAUAACGAUCUUCCUGCAGUGAAGAAAAUGACCUUCACCGAAUAUCCCUUCAACAACCUGCGCAAGCGGUUUGGUGCCCUUUUAUCGGACCAGGGCUUUGAUCUCAUGAACAAAUUUCUGACCUACUGUCCAGCCAAGAGAAUCACGGCUGAGGAAGCACUGAAACACGACUACUUCAGGGAGACACCUCUCCCCAUAGAGUCAGCCAUGUUCCCAACUUGGCCGGCAAAGAGUGAGCAACAAAGAGUGAAACGUGGGACCAGCCCUCGUCCGCCGGAAGGUGGUCUUGGAUACAGUCAACUGGGAGAUGAUGAUCUGAAGGACACUGGCUUCCACCUGACGACCACAAACCAGGGAGCCUCUGCUGCCGGCCCAGGCUUCAGCCUGAAGUUUUGAUGCAGGCACAGGAGAGAGGACAAUAGCUGAGGGCAGCCUCUGCACAAACUGCUUGGUAACAGACAUUCGCCAUGUUUCUCAUUUCGCACUGCGGGUCAACAAGGUUCUUAAAUUUUUUUUAAGGCUUUUAAACUAUUCAUUUGUAAAAUGUAAAAUAAUUCAAUCAAGUUAUUUGCAAAGCAGAGAAUAAUUGUGAAACUUGACUGGUCAAAGUGGAAUAUUUUGUGUACAUGUAGAGUUUUGGUAAAUUUAAAAAUAAAGUCCCUUAAAAAGGUUUUAGUUU